AUGUACCUGAUCACUGUGUUUGGAAACCUGCUCAUCAUCCUGACUGUCAGCUCUGUCUCCCGCCUCCAGACGCCCAUGUACUUCUUCCUCUCCAACCUGUCCUUUGCUGACAUUUGUCUCACCUCCACCACCAUCCCCAAGAUGCUGGUGAACCUCCAGACACAGAGCAAAGCCAUAACCUAUGAAGGUUGCAUCACCCAGGUGUAUUUUUUCAUACUGUUUGGAGGGCUGGAUGUCUUCCUCCUGACCGUCAUGUCCUAUGACCGCUUUGUGGCCAUCUGCCACCCCCUGCACUACAUGGUCAUCAUGAAUCCCCGGCUGUGUGGACUAUUGGUUCUGGUGAUCUGGAUUGUCAUUGUCUCUUUAUUUUAUUGUACAAGCCUUGGGAUGUACCUUAGCUCUGCUGCCCUCCAAAGCUCAUGCUCAAAUGCUAUAGCUUCUGUGAUGUACACUGUGGUCACACCCAUGCUGAACCCCUUCAUCUACAGCCUGAGGAACAAAGACAUAAAGGAGGCUCUGAGAACAUUCAUUUUAAAGAAAACUGGAAAAAGAUAA